UAUUAUACUCGAACAAAAGCAGUAUACAACCAUGCAUGUCUAUCCAUUUCUUCAUUUGGAAUUUGUAGACGUAGCCUUUUACUGGUGGGGACUCAUCCAAAAGAUCUCAACGAAAAACAGCCCCCAUCACCGCCGAUAACUACCACCACCGCCACCGCGCCACCACCACUUUCAAUGCUAUAAGUCGCCUGAUCACGACUUGACAUGAAUGGGAAAUGAAAAACGUCUCAUUUCAAUCAGAACAAACCCAUCCAAACCCACCACCACUAGAUCCCGAUCAAGAGGAUAGAUCGACGUCAGCGACGAAGUUUGAGUGGGAUUUUUCCGUCUCCGCCGUGGUUUCAUCCUCCGUUGCCGGUGGAAACAUCUCGGACACUCUCGGCGUCGUAGAGGUUAACUCCUCCGGAAAUCUCUUUGCCACCGGCGGUAUAGCUAGGAAGAUCAGAGUUUAUAGCUUGAAUUCAUUGCUAUCAUCAAGUAGUCUAGAGGCAACAUUGUUUGACCAUGCUACUGCAUGCCAUUAUUGCAUAUGUACCCCAGCAAAACUCAGCAGCCUCAAAUGGAAACCCGGCUCCGGAAGCCAGGUCAUGGGAUCAGCCGACUACGACGGUGUUGUCACGGAGUACGAUCUUGAGACCAAGAUGCCGGUUUACGAGCGUGACGAACACAGCGGCCGGCGGGUUUGGAGCAUGGACUACUCCCACUGGGAUCCGGUGGUCGGAGCAUCCGGUGCCGAUGACGGAACCAUGCAAAUGUGGGACCCGCGGCAUGAUGGUGGGAAAUGUGUGGCUAAAGUGGUGUUAGGGAGCCCAGUUUGUUGUGUGGAGUUCAACCCGUUUGGUGGCGCAUUGGUAGCCGUUGGAUGUGCAGAUCGAAAAGCCUACGUUUACGAUGUGAGGAAAAUCGUUGACCCGGUAGCGGUGUUUGAUGGGCAUCAGAGGACGGUAAGUUACACGAGAUUCCUGGAUGAUCACACGGUGGUGACGUCCGGCACAGAUGGGUGUUUGAAGAUGUGGGACAUAGAGAAGCAACACAUGAUUCGCACGUAUAAAGGGCACACAAACCAAAGAAGGUUUGUGGGAUUAUCCAUUUGGAGAAAUCAAGGAUUGAUUGGAUGUGGGUCUGAGAGCAACCAGUUGUUUGUAUAUGAUAAGAGGUGGGGUGAACCCAUAUGGGUGCAUGGGUUCGAACCAGAGGGUGGAAGAAGGUAUGAAGAUGGGUUCGUGAGUAGCAUAUGUUGGAGCCAAGAGGGUGAAGAUGAGUGCACGUUGGUGGGUGGUGGUUCCGAUGGAGUUGUAAAGAUUUUUUCCGGAAAAAGAAAACCGUUAACUUAAAGGUGAUAAAUUUUCUUUCUACAUUUCUUCCUUUGUUAAGAAUUAAUUACUUUGUAACUUGAGUUUCAAUUCAUUACAUAAAUAUGCAAAUACUUUAUCUCGUCGAUAAAGAGUUACCGACUUAA